AAAAACUAUGAAAUACAGGACAAGCCCUUGUCUCACGUUCUGACUCUCAGUUGGCACCCCAAACCUCAACAGAAAUCGUCACCACAGUCCCUCACUCUCCCUUCACUGCGAGCGCCGUCGCCGGUCACCACAGCCGCCGUCGUAGUUCCGAAGACUUCCAGAUCAUGGCUGGCAGAGCUGAAGGUGGGGAACCAAUGAAUGAGCAAGCAGUUGCCAACAUGUAUGGUGCCAUGAGGGCUGAAAUGAACCAAAUUUACUCAAAAAUUACAGAACUAGAGAUGGAAGUAAGUGAGCACUCUUUGGUGAUCAAUGCCAUACAACCACUUGAUCCAUCAAGGCGAUGCUACCGGAUGAUUGGAGGUGUGCUCGUGGAAAGAACCAUCAAAGAGGUAUUGCCAGCUGUUCAGCGCAAUAAGGAGGGGCUUGAAGAGGUAAUUGCUCGGCUUAAUGAAGCCCUGGAGAAGAAGAAAAAGGAAAUUGCUGACUUUGAGGCUAAAUAUAAAAUUAGGAUUAGAAAAGGUGAUAAUGAAGUGAAGGAUGAGAGUGGCAGGAAGGAGGGCUCUGCACAGGGAGUCCUUGUUGGUCCAGCUGGUUCACACGAGUAGCUUGAUCUUGUGUUAUUUAAAUUUCUUUCGACGUUGGUUUCUUGAAUGUGACUAAUGAGAACGUUUUGAUUGCAUUACGUGUAUCUGGAUUUUGAGAUAUAGGUAUUUUAUCGAUCAAAAUCAGUCUGAAUGUAAUGGAUAUGGAUUUCAAGUUUUUGAUUACAAAUGGUUGAGACCAAUUUGAUUGCAUUACUAGAAGCUGGGCUGCUCAAUUCUUGAGCAUCUGUUGGAC